CCCCCCCCUUCGCCUCGCCUCCCCAUUCCACAGAAUCGAGCAGCAAUUGCGAGUGGCGAUCACACCCAGGGAGAGAGAGAGAGAGGAGGCGAGGAGAAAUGAGAGGGCUCAGAUCAAGAAUCCUAAGGACCUUGCAUUCCUUCCCCAACGCCUCCGCGCAGUCCAACCUCCCCCUCCCGAUCCCUCCCAGUGCCGCCCCCUCGCCGCCGCCCGCGACGCCGUGCGGCCACCUCCAAGAACCUGUUGAACCGGGGCCUGCCGCGUCCGAGCUGCCCGCGACCGUCUCCGGCAAUGACGACGAUAAAGAGAACGUCUCUCCGGGAAUCACCCCGCGCAAGGCCAAGAAGAUGAAGCUGAGCUCGGAUCACCACCAAAGCGCGGGUCUUGGGGAGGCUAGUGGCUUCUUCCGCCGGCCGGAUCUCGCCUCGGAGACCCUCUUCGACCCGGACCUCCUCGCCGCCUUCCACCGCGCCGUCGACGCCUACGCCCAAGCCCUCGAGAAGACCAAGCGCCGCGACGACGACGGGGACUGCGCACCAGGCUGCGAAGAAGAAGUAAGUGUCGCCGAUCCAUUGCAGGCGUUCGAGAGACGGUGCCCGCCGGGCGGCGAGCGCGCUGUGGUGCUCUACGCCACGUCGCUCCGAGGCGUGCGCAAGACUUUCGAGGACUGCGCUCGAGUGCGCCGCCUGCUCGAGGGCCUCAGCGUCGCCUUCCUGGAGCGCGACGUUUCCAUGCACGCGCCCUACCGGGACGAGCUCCGGACGCUGCUGGGCGGCACGGACGGCGCCACCUUCCCUGUGCCCCCGCGGCUGUUCGUGGACGGGCGGUACAUCGGCGGCGCCGACGAGGUGGUGGCGCUGCACGAGCGGUCCCAGCUGCGCCCCGUGCUCCUGCGCGCGCCCCGGCGCGGUGCGGGCGAGGGGCCGUGCGCGGUCUGCGGCGGCGCCUGGUUCGUGGUUUGUGGCGGGUGCAGCGGCAGUCAUUGGCUCCAUGACGCCGGCGCUGCCGCCAACCGCGUGCCGUGCCCCGCGUGCAACGAGAACGGCCUCGUGCCUUGCCCUCUCUGCAGCUAGCUGAAAAUCGAGGAAAUGGUAUGUGCAGCACUGUGUUUUGUCAUCAAGGAGAGACUGAUUUGCGAGGCAUUCUUUUGGUUGAUUGUUAUACCAUGUGUACCAUAAUUAAGUCAUAUGUAAUUCUAGUUCCUUGCACCAAAUUAAUCAACA